AAAAAAAAGCUGUGUGUCUACCCAAUUGCUUAGCAUACUCUAACAAAUGUUUUAUGCAAAGUCAAAACCAUAUAUAGGAUCAUUCACACCAAGAAGUUCGACAAUCAUCCCCCAACCAUAUAUGUUCAUCAUCUUACAACCUUAACACAAUCAUAUAUCCUUCACCUUUGCCCACCUAAUUAAUCUCCAACAUCAUUAAUCCUAGAAGAAAUAUGGAAGGACAUGUGACAAAAUCUUCUGUGCUUUAUGGAGACAAGAAGAAUGAUCUCUUCUUCAAUAAGAUCAUUUCGAGAGCAUCCUCCAUGGGCUGCUCGUCUCGGGGCAACUACUAUUACCGGAGCCACGAGGGUGUCCCGUUUGAGUGGGAGAUGGAGCCAGGGACGCCCAAGGACCCUCCAAGGGCCGCUGCUCCCCUUCCUCCCCUCAGCCCGCCUCCUGCGGUCCUCAGCCUGUCCCUCCCGAAGCCAUGCAUGGAAGACCGCGACCAGCCUAGGAAGGAGUUCCCCUCAAGUUUAAUGAGGCUCGACGCGUGGAAGAAAUUAAUCAAGAAGUAUCGGCUGCCCAAGUUCAAGAAGGAGGUGAAAAGAGUGUACGGCGAUGAAGAUCAGCACAAGGUCAACAAAACCAGUCGUGCAUCGGACGUCGAUAAGUUUGAAGACAGUUUCGACUUCUGGAGCUCCGAUCCAAGAGAUGAUUUCAUGGUUUCGCCGGCACGGAGUUCGAAUUCUUCAUCAGGGUCGUCUUUGUCCUUCCCCAAUGGACCGGCUAUGGAGUCAAACAGUGUUAGUUCUUUGCACGAUCAGCCAAGGAGUUGUAUUCCGUUUAAGUUAAAUACCAUUUUGGUUUAUGUCGCAAAGAGAAGUUGACUUGGCCAAGGUAGUUUGUAUUUUAUAUUGUACGGUAGUCAAUAGAGGGCUUGGAUCUAUGCAAAAAUUUCGUCUGUUUACAUGUAUUCCAUGGAAAAUCAAUGUUAUAGUAUAAGGUAUUAGAUAAAUCUAUUG